AUGGCCUGCCGCAGCCGGACAUGGUGUUUGUCAAUUGUCUUGCUGCUGAGGUGCGUAGUUGGCCAGAUCUACACCUUCGACAAGGUGCCCUUGCCAGAGCCACGAUCGCUGCACACACUUUACGCAUUCUACGUGUUUUCCCACCAGGAUGCACCUGAGAGGACGCUGGGCCAGCCAAUGAUGAGGUUCCACAAUCUCAUGUUUUCGGCCACGAGUCCAGAAGAUGCGGAGAAGGCAAGAGGUUAUACUGGCGUGCAGUUGAGCAUCCUGCCAUACCGAAGCUUCUGGAAAUUGAUCCUGCCGGACAAGUUCUGCUCAAACAUUGAGGACGUUCAAGCCGGACGGGCAAAAGAAGCCAACAAGCUGUUGACGCAGAAGCCUCUCGGAAGCUCCGAUGACGACGUGAACCUGUACUCCCACACGGUGAACUUUGAGAUGGCUACCGAUUUGCCAUUGAGAGUCAACUCCACCGGAGUGUACAUCCUCGUUUUCUCGAACUGCGGCGACUUUUAUCAUGGCGAGGUCAGUGGUAGUGUCAUCGCGAAGAAUUCCUACGGCUUUCUGCCUGGAAAUGAGUACUACAAGAUGCCAUUCUACGGAUGGCUCUCGAUAGCGUACUGCGCACUGGCAAGCGUUUGGAUGUGCCUGUCGUUGCGCUACUGGCGGGAGUUGUUCCACAUCCAGUACUGCAUCGCAGCGGUCAUCCUGCUUGGCCUGGUCGAAGCCUUCCUCCAGUGGAGAUUCUUCAUGGACUGGAAUGAGUCGGGACUCCGUGGCAGAUUCUUGUUCGUCCUGGCCAUUCUGGCAACGGUCGUGAAGUCAAUCUUCUCCUACAUGCUCGUUCUUGUUGCAUCCUUGGGUUGGGGCGUGACACGCCCCUAUCUGGAUCAGCCGACCAUCCUCAAGGUUCAGGGACUCUCGUUCCUGUACAUCGUUCUGGACUUUGUCCGUGAAUCAGCGCUGUCUUUCAGGAACAGCCAUUCACUUUCGAUAGCUUUCGUGAUGCUGUGCUUGCUGCCAGUUGCGUUGCUUAAUGGCAUAAUAUUCUACUGGAUUUUCACAGCGCUGUCUUCUCUCAUUGAGAUCCUUGCAGAGCGCAAGCAGGUAGAGAAGCUGAUACUCUUCCAGCGUCUGUGGAAGAUCUUGGUGGCAGCGUUGAGCUUGGCCUCUUUGAGCUUGCUCUACCAGCUCUUCGAUUUAUCCCGCAGCAUCAGCCAGAGAUGGCACUAUCAGUGGUUCUUUGCAGAUGGAGUUUCCCACAUCCUUUUCUGCAUGGUACUUGCGGCUAUCAUGUUCCUCUGGGCGCCACAUACAAACAGCCAGAGGUAUGCCUACAAACAGGUCGAUGAUCAAGAGGGCGAGACCUCGAAGAUCACCGAAGGGAAAGACGUUUGGGCAGACGAGGGCGGCCUCGAUGAAGAAGAGGAUGACUCCUUCUGGGCAUCCACACACGGGAAAUCGUCAAAGGUCAACGCAGAUAUCCUAGGUGGUCCAACGCAGGCGGCCACCGGAGCAUGCAGCGCGAAGGUGUUUCUUCCGCCUUGUGGACUGCUUUCAUUCGCAGCACCUGCAGGCCACCGACGACUAGAGCUGGUUCCUGGGCAUGGCGUCUCACUCGACCACUACAACAGUGAAGAGGGAGGCAAGCGAGCAUUUCUAAUGGAACUACAUGGGCAUUGGGCUGAUAUUUGCCUGCCACUCGAUUCUGUCAAUUUGCUUGCAUGCCUGAAGACUGCACGAACGGAAGACUUAGCAGUGCAUCCGAUUGGACAGCUGGACAGCACUUCGGCCGUCUCGUAG